AUGCACAUCUUCGCACCGACAGUGUGGGCGUGCACGGCGGCGACAGUUGACCUGGAGGCGGUGCGACGAGCGUUGCAGGAUGACUCCUUCGCGCAAGCAAAGAUGGCAGAGGCGCACAGGGGCACGGCAGCGACCGACGAGUUCCAGCUGCGAGAUGGUUUGCUCAUCCGUAAAGGGGCCAUCUACGUGCCGGGAGACGAACUUCGCGCCAAGGUACUGCAGCAGCUGCACGACGCGCCCACUGCCGGGCACUUUGGCAAGGAGAAAACGGUGGAAUUAGUAGCCAGAGACUUCUGGUGGCCAGGAAUGAGAGGGGAAGUCGCGGACUACGUGGCGAGGUGUGACACCUGCCAGAGGGCCAAACCAGUGCACAGACCGCCGGCCGGACUGCUGGAACCGCUGCAAACUCCGUUCGAACCAUGGGAGAGAGUGGCCCUGGACUUUGUCACGGAUCUGCCCAGCUCGAGGGGCAAGACGGCUGUGCUGGUGGUGGUGGACUUGUUCUCCAAGAUGGCACAUUUCAUUCCGUGUGCGAAGGUGGCCACGGCGGAACAAACCGCCAAACUGUUCAUAGACCACGUGUUCAAGGUUCACGGUCUGCCGCGGUCUAUUCUGUCCGACCGAGGGCGACAGUUCAUCUCGAACUUCUGGCAGAGGCUGAUGGGCUUCCUGAACGUCAAGAUCAACCUGGCGUCGGCUAGACACCCGCAGACCAAUGGGCAAGCGGAGCGGGUCAAUGCCAUCAUGCAGCAGUACCUGAGAUGUUAUGCGAAUCAACAGCCUGCGACGUGGGUGGAUUACCUGCCUCUCGCCGAGUUUGCCUACAACAACACGAAGCACGUGUCCACGGGGGUCACGCCGUUCUUCGCCAACAACGGGAGGCACCCCAGAACCUUCCCGGGACUGGAAAGAAUGGGGGAGGGGGAGCCGCAGACAGCAGAUGCAUUCGCGUCGGAGUUGCAGGAGGUCCACGAUCAGCUGCGGCGGCACCUGGAGCUGGCUAAACACGCAUACAAGGUACAAGCGGACAAACACCGAAGGGUUGGCGAAGAGAUCCAUGUGGGAGACUGGGUCUGGUUAGCAGCCCACGCAGUGCCGGCCAGGUCGUUGGCGAAGAAGAAACUAGGGCAUAAACAACUGGGGCCCUACCAAGUCGAAGAACAGGUCAACCCGGUAGCUUUCAGGCUGGCUCUUCCGGAGGGUUCCAGAAUGCAUCCGGUGUUCCACAGAUCGGUGCUCACUCCCUACAAGGCACCUCACAGGUUUCAGGAACCAGGAACGGCACCGGGUCCGCUCCGAGAGAGAACCGGGCAGGGGGGAGUGGCACGGGAGGAGCGCAUCAACGAAGUCACGGAGAUUUUGGACUCCAGAUGGGGGGAAGAGGGGGUAGAAUACCUUCUCGCCAAGGAGGGCACCCCGGCCAGUGCCAACAGCUGGGUGCCGGGCUACGCUUUAGACGAACCUCUGCUCAAAGAAGAGUUUCAUGCCCUCUUCCCACAUAGGCCAAUGCCAGCAGACUUUUUCGACGACUGGCUUUUCACGCCCACGCUUUCAGCCAGCACGGUCCGGGGGUUCGACUCGGACGAGGAACCGACACGAGACGCCCGUUCCCCGGAGGGGUCACCCUCAGGAUCUGCUUCAGAACCCUCGUAUUGGUGGGAUGAUCGACCAGAGGAGCAGUUCCGUAGAAGGUGGCUGGAGGUCCCAGGACGAGCAACGUCUCCAGAAGGCAACGAGGGAGAGACGGACAUGGACUUUUUCGGGACGACCCGGGCUUCGAGCACGGCGGCACAGAGAUGGAAGCGGAGGUGACCGUCGUCAACGAGAGCAGGGAGGAAGAACCGGAAGACUUCAGAUGGCGGCCCGCCACGGGACGCGAACUGUAUCCGACAUUCGUCCCCUGACACGGCAGCACCCAGAUCCCGCACCGGAAGGAGGGGAGGGGGAAGAGGGGGCUUCGAGGGGGAUGGAUGUCAGGGGUUCAGGAGCAGAGGCAAGGGCAAGGGAGGAAACAGAGAGCGAGGGGGAGGAGGCAGAAGAAAAGAUGAGUGAUGACGACGACCCGAGAUCUCCGAGUCUUUCCAGUGAAUCAGAAGAUUCACAGAAAGGAGCACCAGUGGCCAGGGCAAGGGGGGAGCCUAGGGGGACACCCCAGGAAGAUAGAGCCAGAGGGGACUCAGAGGGGAGCAGUUGGAAAUCGGGACCAACGUCACCGCCAGAGAGCAGGGAAGAGGAAGGGCACCAGGGAUCAAGCGCUGGCAACUCACAACAGGGGGGAGGGCACGAGUCAGGAGUGGCCACACCUCCAUCGGGGAGCGAAGAAACGGUCAGACGGAAGGUGGAAGGUUGGGCGCGCGCGCCAAGUUCAAAUGCACAGGAAGGUGGCGCAGUAGGCAGCCCGGAAAGGGAGCCAGGUCCCAAAGCCCGCCGAAAGGAGGGAGAAGAGUCAGGGAGUCAGCGUCAGCGCCAGAGGAAUCCCGGAAGGAAGAGACCCCGGGGGGGCAGAGGGACCCAGAGAAGAACAGUCAGGCGGAAAAGGUGGAGCAGGGCUAGGAUAUUAAGUUGGUGUACAAGGGGCGGAGACUCAGACGGAGCUUCGCCGGUCUAAGCAUGAGACGUAGAGUUGCACGCAGCAGCUUGAGAAUGGAAACUGUAACUCAAUAAAGACUUUUGCUUAAUGAUCGCUGGCUAGCGUGAUCCUCUGUGAGCUAGGAUCUGGAAGCAGCUCUGACAAUAAUAAUAAAAAAUAAGGGGGCAGAAAGGGGUCCAAGCAUCCGGGAAAAUAAACUUUGGCAAUCCCACCCACCAUUGCACCCAAAGAACUUUGAUUUGGGCUUUAUGGAUGGUCCCUGGAACAUAAACCUCACAUAAGUUUUGGGCCUACUGUACUUCUGUGAAGUGUGCAUAGCAAUGCAUAGAUCAGUGAAAGUAACGUACACAAAUGCAUUAUAUUAGAGGAAAUAUAAAUAUUAGGGAAAUAUUAUACGCUUUGGCUAUUGUGCAUGUUAGGCAAAAAGGCAUAUAAAAAUUAGGAGACAUUCACUCUAAAAUGCUACUGAAUUUUCACAAUGAUUUUUUUUAAAAAAAAGAUAUUAAAAUGCUAAUUAAUGAGGAGAACUGACCUUAAGAUUGGAAAGAUAAGAAACAGAGAAACCGAAACUGAUCUAGUGACUGAUCUGUCACUAGAUACACUAGAUAGUAAAGGUAAAGGGACCCCUGACCAUUAGGUCCAGUCGUGAUCGACUCUGGUGUUGCGUGCUCAUCUCGCUCUAUAGGCCAAGGGAGCCGGCGUUUGUCCGCAGACAGCUUCCGGGUCAUGUGGCCAGCAUGACUAAGCCGCUUCUGGCGAACCAGAGCAGCUCACGGAAACACCGUUUACCUUCCCGCCGGAGCGGUACCUAUUUAUCUACUUUGACUUUGACGUGCUUUCAAACUGCUAGGUUGGCAGGAGCAGGGACCAAACAACGGGGGCUCACCCCAUCGCGGGGAUUCGAACCGCGACCUUCUGAUCGGCAAGUCCUAGGCUCUGUGGUUUAACCCACAGCGCCACCCGUGUCCCAGAUACACUAGAUACACUUUGAUAAAUGUUUACCACACACAUAAGCUCUCCCUUGACAGAUUUCCCCUCAAAUGGAGACCCCUGUAUGUGAAUACAAUCCUUCCAUGGGGCUUGCGGCACAUCAUGUAUCACUUAACAUGUUAAAAGAUGGUUCUACAUUUGAAUGAGUCCCCUAAUUGCAGAGCUGCCCAGCCAAAGCCUGAUCAAAGUCUUUUUGUUUUUGCUCCUGAUCUGUGUGUCACAGUUUUGCUCAUUUGGGGGGGGAGGGUCCUGAUCCAUAGAUCUUAUUUUUGCUCUCUCUUUUUUUGGAGUCCUGAGGUCCCCAAAAUGAGAGAAAACGUGGCCUGUGUGUCAGAGCAAAAAAAGUGAGAGAAAUCACAAGAGGGAAAUCAUUCUUUCUAGUCCAGAUCUGCUGUUUCAGGUCCAUGACAUCCUUCCCCCCCCCACAGUGACCAAGCAGGAUCUGAGCACAAGAACACGCUCCCGUUCUGUGGGUUCCAACAACUGGUAUUCAGCAGUAUUAUUGCCUCUGACUGACCACGGAGGCAAAGAAUAGCUAUCUUGACUAGCAGCCAUUAGAUAGUGUCAGUCUGCAUUACUCAGUACAGAAAGUAUUGAUCUGAUGUGUAGAGAUCUUUUCUGUUCUGCUUAGUUAAAGAGGGUUCUGGAAAGUUUUCUUUCUAUGUGAAAGAAACAGGCAGAAGGUUCUUGUUUGGGUUACCGUAUUUUCGUCCCAUAGGACGCACCUAGUUUUUGGGGGAAAUAAAGGGAAUUUCCCCCUUUAUUUCCCCCAAAAAACCAGGUCGGGAAACCAAACCAGGUCGGGGAACAGCAGGAUGGCGGCGCUGCGCCUCCCCGCUGUCCCCCAAGGUUGUGGGGCUGGCCAAUGUCUGCCUGGCACGCGGGGCACUCUGCUUCAGGGCAUCCCGCGUGCCGGGCGGCAGGCUGCUAUCCGCAGUCUAGGGAGCCCUGCGGGAACUCCCGCGGGCUCCCCAGGCUUGCUGAUAGCUUCUUGAAGCCUGGAGAAUGAGAGGGGUCGGUGCGCCCCGACCCCUCUCGUUUUCCAAGCUUCAGUGAAAGCCUGUAUUCGCCCCAUAGGAUGCGCACAGAUUUCCCCUUCAUUUUUGGAGGGGAACAAGUGUGUCCUAUAGGGCGAAAAAUACGGUAUUUCUUCUGGGAAGCUGAGUACAACUGGUUUAAACUGGUUCUGUUACUAUAAUAGUAAGACCAGGAGGAGCCUGGGUCUCAUGUCUGAGAUAUCUUGAUUUAUUGCUCAGAUAAGCGUCCGGCACGCUUCCCCCAUUGCGUAGGCCUCUGCAUUCCAAAGGGCACAUUCCGAUACUUCUGAGCAUAGCAGAGUUCGUCAGCGGCUAGAGGAAGCCAAAACACUCCAGUGCAUUCUUCAGUGUGCUUAAAUGAAGUCCACUCAGGAUAUUAGCAGCUAAAAGCAGCUUUAUUUACAGCAGGCUAUCCAUUAUCUAUCACAGCGAACAGCAUCGCGAAAACACGUCCUCUCUCCUCAAAAGCGAAAGUAGAGAGACAGAACAAAGACUUUAGUCUCUCGGAACUGACGUAGCUCCCCCCUCCCAACUGUAGGCAGGGCGUACAGUCUGAGCUGUUUAACCCUGUAAGCUCAGGUUCUCCUCACACCCCCUCUCGCCCUGCGCUACUGUGGGGACAGUAAGUACAGAACUUACCCCCAACUCCAAACCACCACAAAACUCCCCAUGACGCUGGAAGCUUAAAGGUUUGGUAAAUCCAUCGGCCAGGUUACUGUGACUGGCACAGUACUUCAGUCGUAUCAAACCUGACUGAACACUCUGACACACAUUUUGGAAACGUAUGUCCAGAUGCUUGGUUCUCGCCUUAAAUUGCGCAGAUUCAGCCAACUUCAAACAAGGCUGAUUGUCUUCCCAAACCGUGAUGGGCAAGCUACAAUCCCCAUAGAUCUCUUGCACCAAGCAUCUAUAGAACUCUAGUUCUCGGCACAAGUCUGACAGUGCACUGAAUUCAGCCUCAGUAGAAGACAGCGCAAUGAGACUUUGCUUCCGGGACUUCCACCCAACCAGUGACUUCCCAAACUUUAUCACCAACCCAGACACAGACUUGCGGUCCUGCGAAUUCGCCCAGUCACUGUCCGCAUAGCAUGUGAGCUUCGCCUCACCUUCAGCUGGCAGCUUAAGACAGAAGUCUUUGGUAUGCUGCAGGUAGCGCAGUACCCGCUUGAUACCGUGCCAAGCACUCACACUGGGCUUUGACGCUUCCCUACUUAGCAGGUUGGUAGCAAAGGCAAUGUCUGGUCUGCUCCAUUGGGACAGAUACAACAGACUACCUAGAGCUGACUGAAAGAGCUCAGCAUUCUCAAACUCAGCACUUUCUGCUUGCUGGCUAUCUUUCACGAAGUUCGUCUCCAUGGGUGUCCGAACUCCUGCACAAUCGGACAUUCUGAACUUCUCCAGCAACUGCUCAAUCUUGCCUUUCUGACUGAGCAAGAAGCUACCAUCCUCAGUUCUCGCUAUCUGGACACCUAGGUAGAUCUUUACUGCACCCAGGUCCUUGAGCUGAAACCGUUUCCCAAGCUCUUUGGCAAACUUCUGCACCUGUUUGUCUGCCUUUCCAACAUGGAUGAUGUCAUCAACGUAAAACAACACCAGUUCCUGUGAGUCUCCUGAUCCUCUAAGGAACAGGCAACUGUCAGCAAGACUCUUCCUGAAACCUAGCUUCUCCAAAGCUUCAUUCAGGCACAAGUUCCAAUUCCUGGCCGACUGCUUCAGGCCGUAAAUUGACUUGUGAAGUUUCCACACAGUACCUCGCUCAUUGCCCUCAAACCCUGGAGGAGGAAGCAUGUACAGAUCCUCCUGGAGGUCUGAGUUCAAGUAAGCAACAUCCACAUCAAAGUGAUGCACCAGCAAACCUCUUUGUGCAGCGAUGGCCAAGACCAAGCGUAGAGACUCACUCCUACACGUGGGCGCAUAACUCUCCGUAUAAUGCAACCCCUCUGCUGCGUGAAUCCUCUCGCCACUAAUCUGGCCUUAUACUGCGGUUCUCCUGUCGCUGUGGGCUUAAGACGGUAAACCCAGCGGCUACCCACUGCCUUUUCACCCACCGGCAACUUCGUGAGGGAGAACACACCUAGAGACUCCAUUGAGUUCAUCUCCUUCUGCAUCGCCUCAUGCCAUUUCCUGGCUUCUUCCUGAGGCAGUUUCUGAACAUCCUCAAAACUCUCGGGUUCACACUGUGCCAUUCCGACCCACACACUAGUGACGGCAAACCUUUCAGGAGGUUUUCCCUUGGUCGUCCGCGUUGAACGGCGCAGCACUACUUCAGGAACCCCCUCUGACCCACUAGGGCCAGCCAGAACGUCCUUGGCAUCAGAGAGCUCCCCUCUGACUUACUGCGCCUUCUGGACUUCUCAGCCGAACCUGUGGGGAAGAUGGAGCACUGCGUUGCUCACUCUUCACAGCCUUGGGAGAAGUUCUCCCUCUGCCUGCACUGGGCCUGGACUCUGAGCCUCAGUAGCAGGUUCAACCUCUUCCUCUCCUUCAUCAGCAGAGUCUAGCAGACUCUCUGACAGGAUGUCAGGGUUCCCAUGUAUCCUUGCCCAGCCACUCUGCUCACAGAAUUCAGCACUGUUGCUGAGCAGAAUCCUGGACUGAUUCCCUGACGGAUAAGCAAACCUCCACCCCUUGGUCCCUGGCUCAUACCCACAAAAAUCAUCUUCUGGGACCUGGGUUCACCUUUCUUGCGUUUGGCCUUUGGUAUGAGGACCCAAGCCUCACAGCCAAAAACGCGGAAGUAGUGCACUUUCGGUUUCUUGCCAUGGAGCAAGAAGUACGGUGUGUCACCUACCACUGAAUUGAACGACCUGUUCAGAACAAAGUUGGCCGUUCGCCAAGCCUCCCCCCAAAAGCGCUGUGGGAGCCCGGCAUCAAACAAAAGAGCUGCGGACAUCCCCCUAGAGUCCUGUUCCUGCGUUCCGCGAUCCCAUUCUGUUGGGGACUGUGUGGAGAAGUCAACCUGUGUUGAAUCCCCUUUUUGCGGAAGAAACUUUGCAGUGCAGACCCGGUGAACUCCCCACCGCGAUCGCUCUGAAAGUUUUGCACCCGUGUGGAAAACUGCAGUUCCACAGCCGCAAUCCAGUCUUUGAUUAGCGGCGCAGCUUCAUCUUUGCGCCGAAUCGUGAAACACCAAGAAUUCCUAGUAUGGUCAUCAAUCAGAACCAGCGAAUAUUUGGCUCCGCCCAAACUGCUCACAGAAAACGGUCCACACAAAUCUGCAUGAAUUAAUUGAAAAGCCCUAGUGGUCACCCUCUCAGACCUAGGGUAUGUGCACGUUUUCACCUUUGCGGACUUGCACGCUCUGCAAUCUAGAAACUUAGCACAUGAUUUCAUUUUGCACCCUUGCGUAUACUCUGGGAUCCUUCUCACCGACCCCCACGACACGUGUGCCAUACGUCUGUGCCAGAGAUGUUGACACGCAUCAUGAACUGGAACAUUGGCACACUGCGCUUGAGCCUCCUCCGUGUCAUCCGUGUCAUCUGGACCUGCAAAAGAAGCAUUUAUCACAAACAACCUGUCUUUACAUUCAACACUGACUAGGUGCUGUCCAUUCUUGGAAAUAGAACACUUAUUGUUCUCAAAACACACUCUGUAGUUCUCAGCAAGAAGUGCACUGACAGACAGCAACGCGCAGGACAGUCCUGGAACAACAAAAGCCUGGAUUGAGUCCUGCAAGAAAGAACAAAACAGUGAGCCACUCUGCGUGAGUGGGUGUCGAGUCCCAUCUGCUAAACAGACAGUCUUCCCAGUUUUUACAGAGGUGCAGUUCUCCAGGAAUCCACCAGAUGGCACGAGAUGAUGAGAUGAUCCUGAGUCUAUCACAAAAGCCAGCUCUGCAUCCUGUUGACAACUUUUGACUACAGCCAUAGAGGCAGCCAAAUGUUUACGUUCAGUGUCUCUGCCAGCUGCCUUCGGCUUGCCUUUCCCACGCUUUGAAGAAGAGCUCUUUAUCUGGUUGCUACGGGAGACGGCCUUGGGCUGUUCCUCCACUGGACAUUCUCUCACCAGAUGGGAGGGGAGCCACAGCGAUAACAGCGGCGACGCGUAGCAACAGCUCUCACAGCUCCCUCUUCAGCCAUUCCUUUGUUCCCUGCACCCCCACCUUUGGGUGCACAGCCUGGGCCUGCACGCUCCCCAGCACUCUGGUUGUAGGCCUCAACAUCACACGGCCCCUCGGAGACAAAGCAGCUACUCCCAGCUGUAACUUCAGGAACAUGGCCAGCAGCCCCCUCUGGGCUCUCAGCUUCCUCCCUGCUCUCGGCUUUCUCCCGGCCCUGGGCUCCUGCUGAGUUCUCACACAGACUCCUCAGCACCUGCCAGGCGGCCUGAGCCGACUCAAUGCCCUCCAGGUGGGGCAACAGCAUAGCGUCCACGCUUGCUCUCAACAUGCAGAGCUCCCUUUGCAUUCUCAGCUCUCUAUCUUCCAGGAGAGCAGCCUCCAGUUCUGCUCCUCCUUCUUCAGCAGCAACUGGCAUGGGUGGGGCGGGCUCCUUCUGGGCUAUAUCCCAGAACCCUGUGGCCAAAAACCACCCCUGACUCUUCUAACCCAGAUAUCCCAGGACUGGGUUGUGAGCUUUUCAAACGGGACAUCAUAAAAGUCCUGGAGCUCAGCCAUCUCCUCCCCCAGUGUUCCCAUUGGGGUGAUGAAGUACUCACGCGUACCAGCCAGCUUCAAAGGAGAGGCCUCCAGUGGCUCUUUGCAGCACACAGCUUUUUCCCAGGCGAAGCCUCAAGGCAGGACUUUUGCUUUCCGGCAGCAAAACAACAGCUUCUCAGUUUUCCAGCCUUCUUAAGCACACAGCACAUCAAAGCAGGCUUCCUCUAAUUGCAAUUACUGCCUCCAUAACCUCUGAGAUAUCUUGAUUUAUUGCUCAGAUAAGCGUCCGGCACGCUUCCCCCAUUGCGUAGGCCUCUGCAUUCCAAAGGGCACAUUCCGAUACUUCUGAGCAUAGCAGAGUUCGUCAGCGGCUAGAGGAAACCAAAACACUCCAGUGCAUUCUUCAGUGUGCUUAAAUGAAGUCCACUCAGGAUAUUAGCAGCUAAAAGCAGCUUUAUUUACAGCAGGCUAUCCAUUAUCUAUCACAGCGAACAGCAUCGCGAAAACACGUCCUCUCUCCUCAAAAGCGAAAGUAGAGAGACAGAACAAAGACUUUAGUCUCUCGGAACUGACGUAGCUCCCCCCUCCCAACUGUAGGCAGGGCGUACAUUCUGAGCUGUUUAACCCUGUAAGCUCAGGUUCUCCUCACAUCAUGCACUUUUCUCUUUCUGUAUCUCUGCUCUAGAUUUUUGAUGGACUGUGCCAAUCCUGAAUGUAUUGGAUUUGUGACCAUGAUGCUCAUUUGCCUUCAGCAAAGCUCAGAUGAACAACAGAUAGCUCUAUUGUCCAUAAAUUUGUCCAAUCACCUUAUAAGCCAACUGGUUUGGUGACCCUCACUGCCCCCUGGGGGGAGAAAAUGCCGGAGUUUAAGUUUGUGCUGCAUGAAUUAUUAUUAUUAAAAUAAAAUUUAAUAUUUAAUUUAAUUUAAAAUUAAAAUUUUAAAAUUAAAAUUAUUAUUAAAAUUCAUCCAUUCAUUCAUACAAUGUAAAAACACAAAAAUACAUAACAUAGCAUGUGAUGGGAUGAUGAGCUGCUUGUGCGUAAAAUCGUAUCCCCUCAGAGUUUGUUCAAGUCCACAAACCUCUGUCUGUGACAGAGCCCCUCAGACAUGGCUACUCUAGUCACUAGCAGAUUCCGACAGUGGUUGCUUUCGUAAUCGCUUCCAACAUAAAAGCUCCUUAACGGAAACACGUCUUCUGGAAUCUCUGCGUGACAGUUUCCGGCGAGGAGUGGGUGUUCUUACAGGAGGUCCUGAAACCUCUCCACUGUUUUCGCUGGAAGUGUCUCUGAGCCAUCCCUCCAGCUCAGCUCCUCUAUCCCUUCUUGUUCAAUCAUCAGCUGCUGCGUCUCUCCCAACCUGUGUGAGCCCUUUCACCUCCCUGUUGGUUUCCUCUUCAGCUGCUGCGUCUCUCCCAACCUGUGUGAGCCCUUUCACCUCCCUUCCGUCCGAUGGCAGUUCCCUGACAUCCACCUCCCUCCAGGGCCCCCUUCACCCCCUCUCGCCCUCCUCUACGGGCGGUGAGGAGGCAAAACCCCGGAAUGAACUUCCUUCAUCUUCCGAUGUCUCGAACACUUCUCUCAACCUGUUGCGGUUCCUGGUCUCGAAGUACACCUCCUCCUCAGAGUCCAUCUCCCCUUCCCCUUCCGAGUCCGGGAAUCCUUCCAACUCCUCCCCUUCAUCAGUGGUCCCAAAGUAUUCCCUCCGGAACCUCUCCACAGGCUGAGGUUUCCUUGGGAACCUUUGAUGGAACGUUUCUAUCAAUACCUCGUCAUUGAUAUCUUCAGCCAUUACCCAAGUGUUUUCUGACUCCGGUUCUCCUUCCCACGCUACCAAAUACUCCACCUGAUCCCCCUUCCACCUGGCGUCGAGGAUUUCUGCCACAUGGCUGCUGCAUUCUCUUUCUUCUACGACCGGUCCCCGAGUGGCCAGCCCUUCUCGUCCCCUUCGUACGGUGACAGUAACGACCUGUGAAAUACUGGGUGCAGUUUCAUGUGGUUGGGUAACCGGAGCCUGAAAGCCACUGGGUUGACCUGUUGAAUGACCUCAAAGGGACCCAACCUCCUGGGUCUUAAUUUCUUACAACCUCCUUUGAACGGCAACCCUUGGGUUGACAGCCACACCCUAUCUCCCACCCUUAUGGUUUCACCUUCCCUUCGGUUCUUGUCUGCCUGCCUCUUGUAUUCUUCCUUCGCCCUUUCUAAGUUGAGUUGGAGCUGACGAUGGAUUGCUUCCAUUUCUUCCACAAAAUGCUCGGCUGCCGGGACGCUCCAUCUCUCCCCUCUCCCCUGGGAAAGCCCUGGGAUGACACCCAUAAUUAGCCAAGAAGGGGCUCAUCCCUGUGGACACAUUCUCGGCAUUGUUGUAGGCAAAUUCCGCCAGCGCCAACUUUUCUACCCAGUCAUUCUCUCUGUCAUUGACAUAACACCUCAGGUAUUGCUGGAGGACACCGUUUGCUCUUUCCGCCUGCCCGUUGGUUUCAGGGUGCCGGGCAGUCGAAAAUUGACCUCCACCUGCAGUAAGCUCAUGAGCUUCCUCCAGAACCUGGAAGUAAAUUGUUUUCCUCGGUCUGAGACCACCCUCAAUGGCACCCCGUGCAACCUAAAAAUGUUUUCUACAAAUAACUUCGCUGUCUCUUCCGCCGUGACUGCAUGCGAGCAAGCUACAAAGUGGCACAUCUUUGUUAGUAGGUCUACCACCACCAUGAUGGCUGUUUUCCCUUUGGACUUCGGCAGAUCAGUCAUAAAAUCUAUCGACACUGCCUCCCAAGGUCGUUCUGGGGUUGGUAAGGGUUCUAACAGCCCCGCCGGCGCCCGCCUUUCCCCUUUGGCUCGCUGGCAUUGCUCGCACCCUCUUACAUACUCACGUACAUCUUCCCUCACCUUAGGCCACCAAAAUUCCCUGGUGACCAACCACAUGGUUUUGUGUUGUCCAAAAUGCCCCGCCGUAGGGCUGUCGUGCAACUGCUUGAGUACCCUCCCCUUAACUCUCCUUCAGGGAUAUACAGUGCCCCUUUGUAAUACAAAGCUCCAUUUCUUUCCUCGAAACCCCUGGUUCCUCUCCAUCACCCCUAAGACCUCUGAGCUUAUUCUGGGCGUAUUCAUCAUUCUCUGUUUCCUCUACCAGUUCUCUUUGUCCCACCAAUGCCGCCCCACACACCCAGCGGUCUUCUGGAAUGACAUGUCUCUCUUCGGGUGCCCCUCCCCUCCAAAUAUUCAGGUUUGCGUGAGAGAGCGUCCGCCCUAAUGUUCUCUGGGCCUGGCACGUAACUAAUCUCAAAGUUAAAUUUGGAGAACUCCUGGGCCCAUCUCACUUGCCGUUGGCUGAGCACUCGUGCCGUCCUCCAAUACUCUAGGUUCUUGUGGUCAGUGCACACUUGCACCUUAUGUUGUGCGCCAAUUAGCAGGUGCCUCCAUCUCCGGAACGCCUCAUGAAUGGCUAGUAGUUCUCGGUCAUACACCGUGUAGUUCCUCUCGGAUUUGUUCAGCUUUCGCGAAAAAAGGCACACGGUCUCCACUCUGACCCCUUCUUGCCUGGCUGCAGAAGCACCGCCCCAAUCGCUCUGUCUGAUGCGUCAGUUUCCACUCUCAUCGGUUUUUGUAAAUCCACAUGCAGGAGUUGUUGUUCCGAGGCGAAGGCCCUUUUAGUUCCUCAAAUGCUCGCUCCGCCUCCUCAGUCCACACGAACUUCUUCUUACUGCUGAGACAGUCCGUAAUGGGCGCCGUCAGGUGGGCAAAGUUUCGGAUGAACUUACGAUAGAAGUUCCCAAAUCCUAGGAACCUCUGCACAUCCUUCUUUGUUUUGGGUGUUUUCCAUUCCAGCACAGCCUGGACCUUGCCGGGAUCCAUGGCCAAUCCCUUGUCUGACAGGCGAUACCCCAGGAAUUCCACCUCCUUGGUAUGAAACUGACACUUCUCCAGUUUCACCCACAGCAGGCUGGCUUGCAGCCUGCUCAACACUUCUCUGACGUCUCUCACAUGCUGCUCCUCAUUCUCAGAAUACACCAACACGUCGUCUAAAAAGGCCACACAAUUCUUGUAAAGCAAAGGCCCCAGGACGUGGUUCAUAAACGAUUGAAAUGUUGCGGAGCCUGCUUGUAGGCCGAAGGGCAUAACCAAAUAUUCAAAUGCCCCUAAAGGGGUGAACAUAGUGGUUUUCCAUUCAUCCCCCUUCCUUAUUCGUACCAGGUUGUACGCCCCCCUUAGGUCCAGCUUUGUAAAAAUCUUUCCCUUCCGCACCCUUGUCAAAAUGUCGUCAAUCCUGGGCAUAGGGAAGGCUACUGGUUCUGACACUGCAUUUAAGGCCCUGAAGUCACACACCAGCCUCGGCUUGUUCGUGUUUUUCUUAUCCACAAAAACACUGGGCUGCCCCCACCGCCCUGGACUCUCUGAUGAACCCUCUCUUCAGGUUCUUGUCAAUGAACUCUCUUAACUCCUGCAUCUCUCUGUCUGACAUGGCGUACAGCUUGCCUACAGGGAGCUGUGCUCCAGGGAGUAAGUUGAUUUGACAGUCAAAGGGUCUAUGCGGGGUAGUUGGUCAGCUUCCCUUUCGCUGAAGACGUCACGGAGAUCUGCAUAUUGUCGUGGUACCUUCACGUUCUCUGUUACUUCAGUCCCUGCUAGGGUGGCUUGGACCCCUGCCAAACCCUUUCCCUCUUUGCAGUGUUCUAAGCAAUGUGCUGAACCAAAAGAAACCACUCUCUGAUGCCAGCCCACCAGCGGAUCAUGUAACGCUAGCCAGCUCAUCCCCAAUAUAAUGGGAGCUCCUCCCAAGGUGGCCACAUUAAAAGCUAUCAGUUCGGUGUGCCUUGCUACCUUCAUUAUCAUUGGGACGGUCUGCAAGCUGACUUCUCCACCCAACAGCUCCCUGCCAUCGAUCGUGGUCACCUGCAGGGGGCUGCUUAAAGGGAUUGUCUGUAUCUGGUGUUCAGCUGCAAACUCUUUGCUCAUGAAAUUGCAGGAGCUGCCUGAGUCCAACAGCGCCUUUAUCUUUAGAGGGUGUCCGUUUGGCAGCUCUAGCGUCACUUCUAUCACUAGGGCGGGUUUAGGAGGUUCUGGCGUGGGCACUCACUGCUCUUUGGCCUGGCUGCUGUGCCCUGACAGUGGCAGCCAGGCGUUGGCUUUUACUUGCUCCGGUAUAUUUUCCUCUCUUCCAUCCACAGCCCCUACCAUCCCUUGCCAUUCUUUCCUCUGGGGGCAGACUCUGGCAAAGUGACCUGGCUGUUGGCAGAGAUAGCAUUUCCGGGCGCCUUUUCCCUCCUUCUUUGCCCCCUCACUGGGCUUUGAAACUGCGCGCGCGCUGUUCCGAUUUCCAUCGGCUCUGCCGGUGGGAAAGUUGGCUCUGGAAUGUCUGGAAUGCGGAACUCCUUCCAACGUUCCCCUUCCCUUCCCGCCUCUCCAAUGCUCUCGCCUCCUGGCGCGCCUCCUAUGGCCAGCGCUGAUUUGGUCAGCUGGUCCAUAGACUCCGCCCUGGGCGCCCGGGAAAGUUCGUCUUUCACAGCCGAAGAAAGCCCUUCUUCAAAGAGCAUUUGAAUGGGUUCCGCCGAUAAGUCCCACCCCAAUCUGUGAACAAGCAUGGUGAACUCAGUCCAGUACUCACGGACAGAUCGGCUCCCCUGUUUGCAACCCAUUAACUGUCUGCGCACCACUCCCUUUUCAAUAUCGCUGGAAAACAUCAGAUCCAUGGCGCGAAAGAACUUCAUCGUGUCUUUUAAGACGUCACUAUUCGCUGCCAUCAGGGGUCUAACCCAGUCUCUCGGCCCCUUUUCAAGAUGCUCAAUCACGAAAGCCACUCGUGAUUCCUCGUCAGGGAAUUCAUCAAACUGCAGAUUGAGGGCAUAUUGCAUUUCUGUCCGAAAACCAUGAUAGUUUUUGGGCUCCCCCAAACUUCUGCACCAAUCCUGGUACCUUUCUGGCGAACUGGGUGGCUUUCCCCUUUGUCUGCAUCCUGAGCCCUCCUCUCCUCAAGCCUCGCCGUCUGCAUCGCUAGCUGGACCUCCAACAUCUGGUACCUUUCUUCCAGGCUUGGACCCGCUCCAGCUCCUGCUUCUCCGGUUCCGGCUGGGUUGCUCAUGAUACCUUCUCCUGCACAAGCUGCUUUCAAAGACUGUCGGAAUGCUGUGAUGGGAUGAUGAGCUGCUUGUGCGUAAAAUCGUAUCCCCUCAGAGUUUGUUCAAGUCCACAAACCUCUGUCUGUGACAGAGCCCCUCAGACAUGGCUACUCUAGUCACUAGCAGAUUCCGACAGUGGUUGCUUUCGUAAUCGCUUCCAACAUAAAAGCUCCUUAACGGAAACACGUCUUCUGGAAUCUCUGCGUGACAGUUUCCGGCGAGGAGUGGGUGUUCUUACAGGAGGUCCUGAAACCUCUCCACUGUUUUCGCUGGAAGUGUCUCUGAGCCAUCCCUCCAGCUCAGCUCCUCUCACACUGCAGGUUCCCUCAUCAGCUGCUGCGUCUCUCCCAACCUGUGUGAGCCCUUUCACCUCCCUGUUGGUUUCCUCUUCAGCUGCUGCGUCUCUCCCAACCUGUGUGAGCCCUUUCACCUCCCUUCCGUCCGAUGGCAGUUCCCUGACAUAGCACAAACAAUAACAAUACUCUCCCCCCUACACACAUACAGCUUAAAAGGCCAUAGAUUGUUUAAUUAGCCAAAGUACUUUCUUUCCUCUGUCUUGAAUCUUCCAACAUUCAGCCUCCUUGGCUGUCUAAGGAAGUUCUAAGUGUUAUGAGAGAGGGAGAAUCUAUCUACUUUCUCUAUUUUAAAAAAUUUGAUCGUGUCCCCACUUACGCACCUCUCCCCUAAAUUAAAAGCUCUCUCAAACGCUGCAAAUGGGAUGCCUUUAUAUUUUUGAUGUUCUCCUGCUCAGAAGUAAGUCCUCCUGAGUUCAGUGGGAUUUAGUCCCAGGUAAAUGUGCAGGCAAAUGUCCUGGCAAAUAGAAGGGGAAGAAAUGGAGGCAGUGAGAGAUUUUACUUUCUUGGGCUCCAUGAUCACUGCAGAUGGUGACAGCAGCCAUGAAAUUAAGAGACGCCUGCUUCUUGGGAGGAAAGCAAUGACCAACCGAGACAGCAUCUUAAAAAGUAGAGACAUCACCUUGCCAACAAAGGUCCGUAUAGUUAAAGCUAUGGUUUUCCCAGUAGUGAUGUAUGGAAGUGAGAGCUGGACCAUAAAGAAGGCUGAUCGCCGAAGAAUUGAUGCUUUUGAAUUAUGGUGCUGGAGGAGACUCUUGCAAGAAGAUCAAACCUAUCCAUUCUUCAGGAAAUCAGCCCUGAGUGCUCACUGGAAGGACAGAUCAUGAAGCUGAGGCUCCAAUACUUUGGCCACCUCAUGAGAAGAGAAGACUCCCUGGAAAAGAACCUGACGUUGGGAAAGAUGGAGGGCACAAGGAGAAGGGGAUGACAGAGGACGAGAUGGUUGGACAGUGUUCUCGAAGCUACCAGCAUGAGUUUGACCAAGCUGCGGGGGGCAGUGGAAUACAGGAGUGCCUGGUGUGCUCUGGUCCAUGGGGUCACGAAGAGUCGAACACAACUAACCGACUAAACACAACAACAAAUGUGCAAUAUUGCAGCUUUAUUACCUCUGAUUUUGACCCUUUGCUUCUGCUGACUUUAAAAUUAUUUAACGACUUUAAAAUUAUUUAUAGACUGCUCCAAUUGCUUGCAUCCUUAUUAAAGAGCCAAGCCGCACGUUUAACGUGGCGUCUGCUGAGUCAUGAUGAGUCGACUGAUGUCUCAAGAAUGCUGCUGUUCCAUAGCUUCCCUGUAGGCUUAAUGGCUGGACCUUUCCAAUCCUAAAUUAGAGCACGCAAAGGGAAUUCCGCACAGCGAUGAUGCACAGGAAAAUAAGUGUCAAUUAUACGGUAGUGUGCUUAGUGAUGCUAGAGGGCCGCGGUGUGCCAAGAAUCCUGCACACCGGACCAUUCCUCUGCUAUUGGGUGCAUCUGCCCAUGAGGCUAUUUCCUUCCCAACUGGGAUGGGAAGGUGCCAGCCUGAGAGAUGGCACAAAUGAUAAUGACAGAUCAGGAGGCGUCCCCCCAGCCAGUAAAUGCCACCUGCCACCUGAGGGCACCUGCUGCGGGGCCCAGGGAGGGUUAAAAGCAUGUGGCAUAGGGAAAGGCCAGUCGUGAGUCAGAGGCUAUAGGAGCCUGGCCAUCGGCAAGGAGACAAGCUGCUGGGAGGUCUUGCCAACAGAGGGUUGCAUCCCGGGGAUUCUGCUUUUAAGCUGGUAAGCACAAGGGGAGGUGUUACUAGGGAUAGAGGAUAAAUUCAGUUUUGUUUGCAUUUUGGUGAGAAGCAACCUAAUCUGAACUUCCAGAAGCAAUAGGCAAACCAAAACCUUUGAAAUUUGCACUUCUCCAAAUUCUGUGAUGUGUCUCUGCAACCAAAGAAUGUGUGUACAAUUGCACGUGCUAAUGAAAAGAACUUACCAAAAUGCAUUAUAUUGUGGGGGGGGGGUGCUUGCAAAAAUGUGCUUUAUAUGGAGUAAUUCCCACUAAAAUGCUGACAAUUUUCCUGGCGGAUAAUAAUACAGUGGUACCUCGGGUUACAGACAUUUCAGGUUACAGAUGCUUCAGGUUACAGACCCCAUUAACCCAGAAAUAGUACCUCAGGUUAAGAACUUUACCUCAGGAUGAGAACAGAAAUUGUGCUCCGGCGGCAGCGGGAGGCCCCAUUAGCUAAAGUGGUACCUCAGGUUAAGAACAGUUUCAGGUUAAGAACAGACCUCCAGAAUGAAUUAAGUUCUUAACCCCAGGUACCACUGUAACAACAACAACAACAACAAUUUGCUGUGGAAAUGCAGAAAACUGAAUUUAAGAUUUGAAGAACGAGAAAUUGAGAGAAAUGGAAAUUUCCAGAUCCAUUCACCUCUUAUGUUUCAGAGGCCUUCAUUUGUUAAAUGAAUGGCAUCAGCACCAGGGCAGUCCCCUAUUUCAAUUUGAAAGUCUGUUUGGUCCAAGUCCAAUUUAAAGAUAGUGACCCAUAAGAAGGAAGAACCUUGAAGUUUGACACCAGCAGUUAAAAGUACCUGGGCAACAGACUGAGCAGGCAGGCAGCUCCCCCUGGUCAGUCUUUAUAACCAUGGGUUAUCUCCAGUGUUAAUCCUAUUCAAAAGCAGUUUCCUUAAAAAUAAUGGACAUGAAUACCUUAGAUCAGUGUUUCCCAAACUUAGGUCUCCAGUUGUUGGACUACAACUCCCAUUAGUCCUAGCUAAGAGGACAAGUAGUCAGGGAUUACGGGAACUAUAGUCCAGAUACAGCUGCAGACCCAAGUCUGGGAAACGCUGCCCUUGAUCCUUUACAGUAAACCUUGCUAAAUUGGCACAAGGACGUUUUAUGCAAAUUGGUGUCUUAUUUCAACCCCUAGUGCACGUCCUCCUUUUUUUGGCAAUGCAGAAAAAUCUUAAUCUUUGGGCAGCUGCCAGGGGGCACGGUAUCUCCAAACCAGCAUUUUGUGCUGUGCCUGGAUGCAAUCCCCCUUUUAGUUUCUCACAGCACCACUAAACCUAGUGUCAGUCUGGGUCAUGGUGCCUGAAGUGCUGCCACAGCUUCCAGAAAAGCCCACCAAAGCUCAUUGCCUGAAACCCUGGAGAAUUGCUUGCCAGUGUAGACAUUACUGAGCUAGAUGGACUCACUAUAAGGCAGUUUACUAAAUCCCCAUGUUUCCUUGAAGACAGAGCCAAUCCUGCCUUGGUUCACCUCUUGCAGCAGGGACUGCUUUGACUGAUAGCAGCAGGUCUUCAAGACUCUUGAAGCGUCUUACCUUGUUGUGUUAUCUGAGAUCAUUCACUGACCUUGGAAACUGUUUUAUUCUGAGUCAUAUCCUUGGUCCGUUUAGCUCGCAGUUAACAGAAGCAGCUCCAGGACUAGCGCUUCUAAAUAUCUUCCAAGACACACGCUACACACAUAACAGCUUAUAAGUCACUUACUCUCAGCAGCUAGGAGUGUCAUAACCAGAUGCUGGAGGGAGCUGUUCGAAGCGAAUAUGGACCACUGGUACCAAACUGCUCUACUAGAAAAACUAACCAACAAAUUGAAACUAUCAAGGGGACAAACAAAGACGGACCCCUUGACCCUUGGGUAGCUCCCCUUUAUCACAUACACAGGCCAACAAGACAAUGACCAAUCCCUCACAACCGACAACAUACGAAUCAAUAUGGCGGACUUAACCCAGCAAUGCCCCCCACCCACCCCAAACACGGACAAAGCACACUGCAACCAACCAUGCCUUGGGCCUUUUGGUCUCUUGCUCCGCCAGCAAAAAUAAGACACCUAUCCACACAACACUGAUUUUUUAAAAAGUUCCACUUAUAUACUAUGUCAAGAAUGAAACUUGAAUGUCUCCCUCACCCCACUUUUUCUGUUCCUGUUUUUCCAUUUCUCCAUUUUCUCCUGUCUCUCUCUCUCUCCUUCCCCACCUCUCUUUCCCCCUCAACCUCAUACAGUGGUACCUCAGGUUAAGAACUUAAUUUGUUCUUAAGAGGUCCUUUCUUAACCUGAAACUGUUCUUAACCUGGGGGAGAGCCAGUGUGGUGUAGUGGUUAAGAGCGGUAGUCUCGUAAUCUGGGGAACCGGGUUCGCGUCUCUGCUCCUCCACAUGCAGCUGCUGGGUGACCUUGGGCCAGUCACACUUCUUUGAAGUCUCUCAGCCCCACUCACCUCACAGAGUGUUUGUUGUGGGGGAGGAAGGGAAAGGAGAAUGUUAGCCACUUUGAGACUCCUGAAGGGGAGUGAAAGGCGGGAUAUCAAAUCCAAACUCUUCUUCUUCUUCUUAACCUGAAGCACCACUUUAGCUAAUGGGGCCUCCUGCUGCUGCCGCGCUGCCGGACCCCGAUUCUGUUCUUAUCCUGAAGCAAAGUUCUUAACCCAAGGUACUAUUUCUGGGUUAGCGGAGUCUGUAACCUGAAGCAUCUGUAACCCGAGGUACCACUGUAUUACCUACAACAACAAAAAUGUUUCAAACUGACUGCAAUUGGCUUGUAUGAAGGACUCUACGAUUUGAAACAGAGACAAUGAAUGUACUGUACCUUUGUUACUUAUGGAAAACCUUUCAUUAAAAACAUAUGAAGGAGAGGAAGAGAGAAAGAGAAAGAGAUGACACGGAUUGGCAGUGUUAUUCCAGGGAUUCAGGCAAGGAAUCCCUAACUAGAGAUGCUGGGAACUGAACCUGGGACUUUCUGAACGCAAAGUUGGUUCUCUAGCACUGAGCUACAGCUCUCCCCCCGGAUAUCAUUGUGCCAGGGGAAAAAAUUCUCUUGCUCAGCUUCUGCACAUCAGGAUGCUGUUUCAAGGUGUGCAGGAGCAGGAUGGAGAGCAAAUUUGGCAACACAUCUGCUCUGCCUCUGAGCUUCAGCCCUUCCUGCAUGCUUUUCCACUGAGUCACGGCGCCUCCCGGUCUUAGGAACUGCCGCCUUAGGAACUCCCACAAAGCUGCCACAAGCAGUGCUCUCUACGGCCAGUUUUCAAAGCCCUCCCUUGACUUGGUGCCCAAGCUAUGCCAAAGUUUUUAUGGGUGGUUUUUUUGGGGGGGGGGGGAGAAAGACUCUUAGGAGUGUUUGAUUUGUAACACAGAGCACAGCUACUUUAUAACAUGAUCACAGGACAUCCAGAAACAAUUGUUCUGAUAUGAUACUGUGCCACACUGAAAUGUUCAAAUGUUUAUUUGAUUGCCCUUGAAUCUUCCUGCCACACUUGGCAUUCCUCCCCUGCCACACCCUUUGAGAACCGCUGCCUUAGACCAUGCAAAGGAUGCAGCUGUGUCUUAAGAAGGCAAAAUGUCUGUUGUUAGGGAUUGUAGGACAAGACCCGCCAAGGAAAAUAAGGAACCUAUUUAUGUAUGCUACAAGAGCGGCAAGAGUCUUGAUAGCACAAGGAUGGAAGAAUGAGGAAACCCCGACAAAAGAACAGUGGCAAGAGAAAUUGACGAACUAUGCUGAACUGGCUAAAUUGACAUACAAAUUGUGAGGCAAGGACAACUGUGACUUCAAGGAGGAAUGAGAACUUUUCACAAAUUAUUUAAAAACACAACAAAAUGAACUGGACUCCUUGGCAGGUUUUGAAUAAACAUACACAAAUUUAUUGUUGAUAACACGAUGGACAGAUAUGUAAGGAUAUAUACAUUUUUAUAAUAUGCAGAGAAAAUAUGUGCAGCGAAAUCAGGGAGAGGAGUUGAGGGAAGUCCUGGGGUGGGGAGAGGGAGAAAAAUUAUGUAGGCGAUUAUAUGGUUUGAUAAUUUGUUAUGUGGAAAUUGAGCAAUAAAAAAUAUUUUUUUAAAAAAAGAAAGAAGGCAAAAUGUCUGGAGCCGCCUGAGUUAUCCAGUCCAAUGCAAGUCAAGCGAGUCCUCCUGAUGAUUCUGGAUAACAAAUGUUUGGGUCUCCUCCCUCUGCAGGACAGAUCCUCGAGACGUCUCCAGCCACUCUCCACUCUGCUUGUGACAAUGGCAGGCGUGAGGCAGCUGGCUGUUGCAUUGCUCCUUGUCUCUGCUGGUAAGUGCAAAGUGCAGGCACAGCGAGGGGUGGGGUGGAAUCAGUGGCCUCGGCAGUGGCGUAGCGUGGGUUGUCAGCACCCGGGGCAAGGCAAGUAAUUUGCGCCCCCUAACCCGUGGAUUUUAGUAGGGGCAGAGAGCUGUGAGUGUGAGCGCGCCCCCCCGAUGUUGCGCCCGGUGCGGCCAGCCCCCCCUGCACCCCCCAUGCUACGCCACUGGGCCUCGGGAUGGUGCUGGACUCCAGCUCCCAUCAGCCCCAGGCAGCCUGGCCAGUGAUCAGGAAUGAUGGAGGUUUCUAAGCAGAGGUUAGGUGGCCAACUGUCAUGGUUGCUUUAGCUGAGAUUCCUGCAUUUCAGGGGGUUGGACUAGAUGACCCUUGGGGUCCCUUCCAACUCUACGAUUCUAUGAUGGGGUUGUGGCCCAGCAACAUCUGGAGGGUUACAGGUUCCUCACCCUGUUCUCCACUCAAAGCUACAAUUUCAGAGUGGUUAAUAAUAAUAAUAAUAAUAAUAAUAAUAAUAAUAAUAUUUGUACCCCACCCAUCUGUCUGGGUUUAACAUUCAUUCCCUCUUCCCAGGGGACUCUGAGACCUAUAGCUCUGUGAGGGUGGUUGGGGCAUCCUAGCAACUCUCAGCACCAUUAACAAACUACAGUUCCCAGGAUUAUUAUUUUAAAUGUGUAGUGCAGGUGGGGCCAAUAUUUCUCUUGUCAGUUUAAAAGGAGCACCAUGCUCACUUUUCUGGCUUUUUAAAAUACCCAGACAAGAAAUUCCAGCAGGAAGUGAUGGAUUGGAGCAGAUAAGGAGUCCCCCCUGCUCUCUCCGCGAGGUGUAAGGACUGAAGAGCAAAACCCUGGCUAGAUAUCUAUCUAUCUAAGUUCUGAAAAUGCUCUGCAAAAAAGCAGUUGUAAAGCUCACAAUUGAAAAUAUCAUUGAGUUGCGAUUUCAGCUCUGCAGCACCAUCUGGUGUCAAAGUGUUAUAACACAUUUUGACUAACGUACAUCUGAGUCCCAUCUUUUCUCCAGCUCUUUCCCUCUCGAUCCCCUACAGCAGGGGUGGCCAACUCCCAAGAGACUGCAAUCUACUCACAGAGUUAAAAACUGGCAGUGAUCUACCCCAUUUUGGGGGGUUCAGGUCAAAGUUGUUGAGCUUGUUUUAGGAAGGAAAGCCCUGUUUUUUGGGGUUCAGGUCAAAGUUCUUGAGCGUUUUUUAGGGGAGCCAAAGUUGUUGAGCUUCUUUGCGGGGGAGCCACUGAUCUACCAGUGAUCUACCACAAACGUCCACUGAUCUACUGGUAGAUCACAAUCUACCUGUUGGACGUGCCUGCCCUACAGCAAAAAGGAUCCUGGAACCACCUGAUCCAGUAAAGAUUCCAUAAAAAUGGCGAAAAGCAGGAAGGGCCUGAAGCCUGAUUGUUCCCUCCCUCUUCCUCAGAGUCUCCAACCCUACUUUAAAUAAUUUACUGAUUGGAAUAGAGGGACAGUGUCACAUAGUGGUUAGGGCGUUGGGCCUAGGACAUGGGAGAUCAGGCUUCAAAUCCCCACUCAGCCCAGAAGCUCACUAGGUGAGCUUGGGCAAGACAACUCUCAACCUAACCUACCUCGCAGGGUUGUUGUUGUUGUCGUGCAGAGAAUACAGAGAUGCAGAGAACCAUGUAUGCCCCUUGGAGCUGCUUGGAGGGAAAGUAGGAUAUAAUGCAAUAAUAAUGUUGAUGUGUUUUUGCAGUGUGCACCCAAGAUGACGAGGGAAGGAUCAUUGGAGGCUAUCCCUGCCUCCCCCAUUCUCAGCCCUGGCAAGCAUACCUGACUGGCACAUACACUUGCGGGGGGACUUUGAUCGCUGACUCCUGGGUAGUCACUGCUGCGCACUGCUAUGGUGGGUGAGUCUGACCAUGCACCGGAAAUAGUCUUCUGCUGAGUCUGAUUGGCCCAUCUAGACCUGCCCAGAUGACUGGGUGCAGACAGGGGUGAAUGAAGGCGUUGUGACACCCGGGGCAGGGCAUCACUACAUAGGGCGCAUGUGCGGUGUCGCUACGUACGACGCAUGCACUGUACAUAGCGACGCCACACAUGCGCUGUACAUAGCGGUUUGCCAGCAGUGGCGCUCCAGCACCGUACGGACGGUGCUGGGAUCCCUCCAUCGCCACUACAGCCACAAACAGAGGGAUCCCACCACCAUCUGUACGGCGCUUGAGCGGCGCCGGCAGCAAACCACUAUGUACAGCGCAUGUGAGCCAUUGUUACGUACAGCACAUACGUGUGACACCGCACAUAUGCUGUACAUAGCAGUUUGCCGCUGGCACCGGGAUCCUCUGCUUACGGUUGCAGCCGCGAGCGGAGGAUCCUCCAUAUGCAGCUGUGGCGGCGCGAUGGCUGCUUGCACAGCCGUGAGCCCACGCUGGGUGCCUUCUUGUCACCCUCCCAUACAUGGCACCUGGGGGUGCAGAUCUCCAGGUACUCAGGGCAGAUGUCUUACCCUGCCUUGCCACAACCCUGAAAUUUCUUUAAUGGAAGAUGCUGGGGGAUUGAACCUAGAUCUCCUGUAUGACAAGUAGCAUGUGCUCUGUCACCAAGCUUUAAUCCCAAUCAAAGUGAGAAGAGUAAAGGGCAGCUAUGUGCCCAGCUUGAUAAAAGGACAGCCCUCAAUUUGAAGGGCUGUCAGAUAGGGAUGGAUGGCUCUGUCCGUUUCGGUUCUUUCUGUUUCUCUCCCCACCCCACCCAUCUUAAAUUCAGUCCCCCACCUUGGUGCAGCAAUUUGCAAAAGGAAGGAAGGAAGGAAGGAAGGAAGGAAGGAAGGAAGGAAGGAAGGAAGGAAGGAAGGAAGGAAAUAAUGCUGCUGCCCUGGUCAGUGGUCAGGGAUGAUGGGAGUUGUAGUCCAGCAACAUCUGGAAGGCCACAGGUUCCCCAUCCCUGCCGCAAGGCUUCUUACCAUUCAAAUCCUGCUGAAUCAACCAUGUGAUGAAAAAGACAUUGCUGAGAGCAAAUGCAAAGCUUUUGCAAAUAGGUCAGGCAAAGGAUUGUAUUAUACACAGAUGAGCAGUGCCAUCUGGUGGAGUGAUUUUUACAUCGCAAAUCGUUACAUUAUUAUCAAAAGGCUUGCAAUCCACUGGGUUUGGAAUAUUUCAUAGAAACAUUGUGUACUGCAAUUUGCUACGUUUUUGAGUGAUUUUCAGAAAGAAACCAUUUUCCCAAAGAGAUGUUCAAAAGCAGCAAUUUUUAAAAGUUCCUAUAUUUUAUGAUUUGGCUUCAGGAUUUAGGGUGGUGACUUUUCCUUCCCUCUUUCUGCAAUUUUCACUGGGACAGGAAGCAGAUGAUGGUGGGAAAAAAGUCUCUCAAAGCCAGUUUUGAACUGGAAAUAAAGCUCCAGUUGCUUUGCAGGCACAGAUCUAAUUUUUGUGGGUGAAGCUGUAGCGAACUAUCUCCUGUAUCAGUCUGCCUUGGCUUUAUGAACAGCCUCAGAGGUUAGGACCAGCCCUACUGUUAGGCAGAGUGAGACGGCUGCCUUAGGCAGCAGAUGCUUGGAACACUGAGCAGUUGUGAGAUGUGGGAAAGGCUGCAUUUCCUAAGCAAGCAUGCUGCCCUCAGGUGCACUCAGUUGCACCAUUAUGCAGUGGCAGCUCCCCGUCUUACUGCAACUAGGUGCAAUGGAAGACCCUGUCCUGGCACUAGAUUUGAAUGGCAGUCCUUCCACUUCCUUAGGUGUGUGGGUGCCCCUUUGUCCUUUGUGUCAGGCAGCAAAGAGUCUUGGGCCCUGCCAUCAUCCUGAGCCACCUGGAGAGUGAGCAUGAAACACGGGGCCUCUUCAGUGGUGGCACCAUAAUUCUGGAAUAACCUGCCAACAGAAUUCUUGCCAUCAUUUAAAAUCUUCUUACCAACAGGCUUUUCAUGCUCAAUUGUAGUGCAAUCUGGUUUGCAGUGUUUCAGACUUCUGCUUUUCAUUUAAUCUUUGCAAUUUUAUUUUAUUUUUAAUUGUUACAUGCAACCUCCGUCUCUGAACAGUAAUAAAUCUCUGGGUUUGGUUUCCUUGGAAGGAAGGUCACUGGAGGUGGGUAGCAUUAAUAAGGGUUAUUUACACACAUAUGAAGGAUGGGUGCAAGAUGGAAGGUUCCCAGCAUUAGCACCCCCAUCAGAUCCUGCUCCCAUUUUAGGUAUUGGGGGAGAGCACUGGGUUCUCGCAGAAAGCAAAUCUGGCUUCUUAGUCUCCUUCUAGCCCAGUUCCAAGACAAGACUGCCAGGUUAUUGUUGCUUCACAUCCACACACCUUGGUGACCAUACGUGGAAACAAAAUCCAUAUCCAGAAAUGGCUUUCUCCUUCCAGAAGAGCCCAUCCAUCUUCUCAGCAGGCCACUCUGCUACAGUCAUCAAGGCACACAUGCCAUAUAUUUAAAGCACAUUUAAAGAACUCCCCCUUCCCACAAAUCCUGGGAACUGCAGUUUGUUAAGGGUGCUGGCAGUUGUAGCUCUGCAAAGGGUAAACUACAGUUCCCAGAAUUCUUUGGGGGGAAUUAAUGUGCUUUAACAAGAGACGCAGGUGGCGCUGUGGGUUAAACCACAGAGCCUAGGACUUGCCGAUCAGAAGGUCGGCGGAUCGAAUCCCCACGACGGGGUGAGCUCCGUUGCUCGGUCCCUGCUCCUGCCAACCUAGCAGUUCAAAAGCACGUCAAAGUGCAAGUAGAUAAAUAGGUACUGCUCCGGCGGGAAGGUAAACGGCAUUUCCGUGCGCUGCUCUGGUUCGCCAGAAGCGGCUUAGUCAUGCUGGCCACAUGACUUGGAAGCUGUACGCCAGCUCCCUCUGCCAAUAAAGCGAGAUGAGCGCCACAACCCCAGAGUCAGCCACGACUGGGCCUAACGGUCAGGGGUCCCUUUACCUUUACCUAAUGUGCUUUAAAUGUACGGUUCGUGCACAGCCAUAAUCUCCAGCAGCCCUGCUGGCUCCGUUAAGUCUAUUCAAUCUUAAAAUCAAGAAUUACAGAGCUGUAAGGGAUGCCUCAGACAUUGCACGGACUACACCCUAUCCCAUUCCCCCCCCAACGCACUUUAACACAUAUUGAUCCUAUUGUGAAGCUACUCUGGGAGCUUUAUGCUGCGAGCAGAAAAGCAGGGAGAGCAAUGCGUUGAAUGAUUUACUGAUGGCAUACUCUGGUUGUGAGCCAGGGACAGCAUGUGCAGUGGUGCUCUCUGUACAAACCAGCUUUUCUUCUCUCCUUGUUGCCUAGCAAAAUAAUUGUGCGGCUGGGGAAACACAACCUGGCGAUCCGGGAAGAAGGGGAGCAGACCCGGAGGGUGGUCAGGUACUUCCGCCACCCGCGUUUUGACCCCCGUACCCUCAACAAUGACGUCAUGAUGCUGAAGCUGGAGAGGCCAGUCCCCUUUACGCAGAAUCUACAUCCUCUGGAGUUACCCAGAGGCUGCUCUGCCCCUGGGACGGAGUGCCUUGUUUCUGGCUGGGGCACCCUCACUACGCCACAAGGUACAUGCACGGGCGCAAAAGAACCAACUCUUUUUGCUCACCUUUAUUGCACAGCUGGGGAACCGCUGGGCCUCCAGAUGUAGCUGGACUACAGCUCCCCAUCAUCCCUAACCAUUGGCUAUUCUGGGCUAAUGUAAGGUUGCCAUGUGUCUUCUUUUUCUAGGACACGUCCUCUUUUUCAGGUGUAAAAUUUCAAUCCAGGUGGAUUUUUUUAAUUUUCCAAAACACGUCUGGCUAUACUUUCUGGAUGAGACAUAAGACACAUAACUGGUGCUUUCCUCUUCUCUUCUCCUGCUUCCCUCGGCAACAUAUCACAGCUUCUAUAGCCUACGUAUAGUAGGGGUAUUUAAAAUGAGAGUCGUCCUAGUCGUCCUCUUUUUUGCUCUUCAAAAUAUGGGCAACCCUAGCUGAUGGGAACUGGGAUCCAGCAACAUCUGGAGGGACAAAGGUUCCUCAGCCCUGCCUUAAUGCGCAGGUUGCCAAUGCGCUGCUCACAGGCACACCUGCAAGUGCAGAGGCCUUCCCUGGUGCACAAAGGGGGGAGGAUUAAAUGUUGCACUAUGCUGAUCAUUCAAUCAUUGCAGGCAUCUCAUGGAACAAUCUCCCCUCCCUCUACAUCCUGUUCUGUGGGUUCUCCCCCACCCAAAAAGAAACCCCUAGAGCCAAUUUCCAGGGGCACAUAGGAGUGGGGUGGGGUGGGGACCCACUGAGCAAGUGGUCUUCGACUGGUGGGACUCAUUAGCUGAAUCCUGCCCAGGGUCCCGUCUCCCUGCUGAAAUUAAUUUUGAAAGAGGCCCCAAGCCUAAUUGUUGUGUCUGUGUUGGAGAUCCUGGAAAAUGCAGCUGGAGAGAGAAGAUUCAUUUUGCAGGAAGAUGGCCCUUCAUUAACCGCACAAAACCACAAAAAACCACACACACUUUUCAUAGAAUCAUAGAAUCAUAGAGUUGGAAGAGACCACAAGGGCCAUCGAGUCCAACCCCCUGCCAAGCAGGAAACACCAUCAGAGCACUCCUGACAUAUGGUUGUCAAGCCUCUGCUUAAAGACCUCCAAAGAAGGAGACUCCACCACACUCCUUGGCAGCAAAUUCCACUGUCGAACAGCUCUUACUGUCAGGAAGUUCUUCCUAAUGUUUAGGUGGAAUCUUCUUUCUUGUAGUUUGGAUCCAUUGCUCCGUGUCCGCUUCUCUGGAGCAGCAGAAAACAACCUUUCUCCCUCCUCUAUGUGACAUCCUUUUAUAUAUUUGAACAUGGCUAUCAUAUCACCCCUUAACCUCCUCUUCUCCAGGCUAAACAUGCCCAGCUCCCUUAUCCGUUCCUCAUAAGGCAUCGUUUCCAGGCCUUUGACCAUUCUGGUUGCCCUCCUCUGGACACGUUCCAGUUUGUCAGUGUCCUUCUUGAACUGUGGUGCCCAGAACUGGACACAGUACUCCAGGUGAGGUCUGACCAGAGCAGAAUACAAUGGCACUAUUACUUCCCUAUUACUUCUCCAGCCUAAUUAUUGGCAGGAAGAAGAGAAGGGGUGUGAUGUGUAUGCGUGUAGUAUACGGGGUACCCCAUGGCAGAUUCUCCCGUUUGCAAAAGUUUCCAUGGGCCUGUAAAGGUUGGUGACCCCUUAGAGCUCCUCCAGACCAUCUGCUUAUCUCGAUUUGCUUGCAUAGUGUUUCCCGAGUGGUAAUAGCUCCUCAUUCUUGAGAAUUUGUUCUGGUUUGUUUACAGGGUGGGUUAUAUGUCAACAAGCAUUCACCCCAAUUUGCUGGCCAGGUGUUUACACGUCUUCCCAUAAACCAUUCAUCCACCCCACACUUUUCAAUACAUUGCCUGUCACUUUCCUAACCUCAAAAAGCACGGCUUUUUAAAGAUAAACGGAUUUGCGUGUGCUAAAGCGACAGAACGCUUCGAUCCGCUUUCACCACACGGACCUGAAUUUUGGGCAUGCGCUUGAACCAGUACUGCAAAAUAGUGACAGUCCACAGGCACCCUUUGUGCACAAUCAGAAAAUCACUCCGUCCUUAAGUGUUGCGGAUAAUUUGGACAUUGAGCAGCUAUUAAAUGGGGAGCGGGUGGUGUUGUCUUUUCUACAGCCACUUUCCCAAACAUCCUGCAAUGUGGAAACGUCAGGAUUAUCAGCUCAGAGAGAUGUUCAGCUUCUUAUCCUAACAGCAUCACGAAUGGGAUGGUUUGUGCUGGUGUACCAGAAGGUGGAGUGGACUCCUGUCAGGUAGGAUGGAGACAUGGCAUUGCUACCAAAGGCCGUCUAAAGAGAAUUUUCCCCCACCUUCCAUUCUUGCGUGUUCUCAUCCUCAGUGCCCAUUCUUCUGUGUCAUGCCUUGUCCUUGCCUCUUGGGCUUGCUGAUCGGAAGGUUGGCAGUUUGAAUCCCUGUGACGGGGUGAGCUCCCAUUGCUCUGUCCCAGCUCCUGCCAACCUAGCAGUUCGAAAGCACAACAGUGCAAGUAGAUAAAUAGGUACCACUGCGGCAGGAAGGUAAACGGCAUUUCCGUGCGCUCUGGUUUCCAUCACAGUGUUCCGUUGUGCCAGAAGCAGUUUAGUCCUGCUGGCCACACAACCCGGAAAGCUGUCUGUGGACAAACGCUGGCUCCCUCGGUCUGAAAGCAAGACGAGCGCCGCAACACCAGUCACCUAUGACUGGACUUAACUGUCCAGGGGUCCUUUACCUUUUACCUUUUUUACAUUGUCCCCCCACCCUGGCCCUCCUGCUAAUGCCAUCCUUCUCUCUCUCUCUCUCUCUCUCUCUCUCUCUCUCCCAUCCAUUGUUGUGCAAUUAUCUAUCUGGCUUGCUUUCCCCUGCAAUGAUGCCAACCAGGGCAGGACUUUGGGGCAGACACCUGGGCUCACAUCUGAAGGGCAGAAUGUUGGCCACUCAUAGACUAUGCUUAUAUUUAGUACCAGUAGUUUGCUGGCGCCCUGUGGGACUUGUAGGGCAGACCAGCAGUAGGUGGAGCCAGAGUCAAUAACUGGCAGGACCACCACACACACAUACCCCAACUGGCUGCAAAGUAAGAUGGCAGGCAGGUGGGGACCGGCUGAGGGUACCCUGGUGUGGGUGGGUGAUGCUUCAUUUGCCCUGGCGGACCAGGCUGCCAUAGCAAUACCACUGUUGUAGCCAAGUACCCUGCUCUGCCACAACGCUGCCCCUGUAGGCCGGGUGGACACAAUGCAAUCUCAGGAACUGUGCUGCCUUUCACAGGGCGACUCUGGAGGGCCUCUCGUCUGCAAUCAGCAGCUGGAGGGGAUCGUCUCCUGGGGCUUGGAGAAAUGUGCCCAGCCCAACCGGCCAGGGGUUUACACCAGAGUAUGCAAGUAUGUCAACUGGAUCCAACAAAUCAUGUGGAACAACUGA